AUGGGUGUGGCUGUGGUGGCGUCGCAUGGUGUUGAUGUCUGCCCGGGCAACUGGGUAUCAUGCCCGCACUCUACAUCUGGCUGCGAAUACCGAGGUCCGCAGCGUUCCAUGGCAGCCCACACCACCGCUUGCAGCUUCAAAGACCACGGCGUGUCCCGGCCGCCCAUCCUGGAGGGCGAGAUCACUCACGUGGACAUCCCGCGCACGCACACCGCCCUCGGCAUCACCAUCGUGGGCGGCGCCGACACACCCCUGCGCUGCGUGGUGGUCCAGGAAGUGUUCCCUGAUGGCCUCGUGGCGCAAGAUGGCCGCCUGCAACCCGGGGACCAGAUCAUCGAAGUGGACGGCGUGGACAUGACCUUGGCCACCCAUCAGACCGUCUGCCAGGCCCUGCGACGCCCCCAGGCUGUGCUCAGGCUGGGCGUCUACCGGGAGAGAAUCGAGGCUCAAAGGACGCUGUCGCCGAGCUCCACGGGCGCCGCGCCAGAUUCCACCACCCACCACGUCCAGCCAGGCUUCAGCGCCUCGCACCUAGAGGCUGCGCCGGGACAUCGCGUCAGUAUUUAG